ACUGAGUCUGUGUUGUGUUGCGCCGAAUCCUUCCCUCCUGAGAUCUUCCAAGGACCCUGAGUCAGACUUUGCCCUGACCUCCCGGGCCGGUCGGUGGCAGGUGGCGCCCGAACAGGGACUUGAAGACAGGAUGAGGACUCUCCCAUCUGGAUCCCAGACCGCCUCAUCAGACACUCCUCGCCGUCGAAAUCGCAACCAAAAAAAGAUGAAGAGACUGCAGCAAAAAAUGAGAAGGCUUGCUAUGAUGACAACGAACAAGUCAACACUCCUUCCUACACUGCAACAGAUGACAGUCCUCUUGGAAAAGGGGAAAGAUAUAGUACUAGCAGUGAAAAAAACACCCUCUCUAGCUAAUAUUUUUCUUGCAUGUAUACUUUUACUCUCAGCUGCUCCUACUCACGGUGAUUCAUAUUGGGCAUAUGUCCCUAAACCUCCCAUGGUUCACCCAGUAACCUGGACUAAACCAAAACAUAUUAAAGUUAUGACUACUGUGACAAAAAUUUUGGGGGAAACUCCAGUUUUAACUACUAAAAAAAAAUAUUCCUCUGUAUUUUCCUAUGAGGGCAAAUCAGACUCCGCCCCAAUCUGCCUUGGCCUUUCAGGGAUCUCAGUGCCUGGAUGUUUACCAGUUUCCUAUAGAACAUUUGUGACUGACACACUAGAUCCUAAUGAUCAGGCAAGGAGGUUAGUAUGGGAACUACAAAUUAAGACUCUGGGAUGGUAUACAGUAAAUAAAACAUUUAGUUGGUACGAAGAGCUUCCUUUACCCGAUUGUACGAAAAUUUAUUAUAAUCCAGAUAUCCCAUGGGUUUAUAAUGAGCAAUAUCCUAAUUGGCUUUCUUGCGGAUUUAAAGUAAGAGGAAUGCCCUUUAAGAUCACAGAUACAAAAAAAAUUAUUUGGGAUUUCUCUGCAUCAUCCCCGUUUAGGGAUAGUUCUAUUUAUUUUAAAAAGUAUGCUUAUAGAUAUAAUAAUUAUAAACCCAAUAGUGUUAUUUAUAGAUAUUUUUCACCUGGAUUUGUAGAACCAAUAUGGGUAUCAAAACAUCAAAAUAAAACUAGGAUUCAACCUAAAUUAUUUAGAUUAGCUGCAGCCAUAGACAUGGUAUUAUUAAAAAACCUAAGGCUACUACUUCUAAAGCUAUUUCUAUGAGAGCAUGCGUCCCAUACCCUUAUGAAAUUUUUUUAAAAAGCCAAGACCGUUUCUCUAUAAUAAAAAUUUCUGAGGUUUCUUAUCAUAUUACCUGUACUGCAUGUAUAUUGACUAAUUGUAUAAAAAGUUCCUUAAAAAAAAAAUAUAAUAUUAUGUUUUUAGUAAAACGGCCAGCUUAUGUUUUGCUCCCUGUAAGGUUAAAAAAAUCCUGGUAUAAAGAUACCGGGUUAAUGGUUAUAAAAAACUUUAGUGCCUUGCUUAGACCAAAAAGAUUUGUGGCUGCUUUGAUUUUAAAAAUUACAGCUUUAAUUGCCAUUUUGACCUCCUUUGCUGUUUCUACUACAGCCUUGGUAAAAAAUAUACAAACGGCUCAUUAUGUCAAUAAUAUGCAUAAAAAUAUAUCUACCAUCUUAGCUAAACAAUAUAUUAUAGAUAAAAAAAUAGAAACAAGAGUAAAUGCUUUAAAAAAAGUGGUUUUAGCUAUGGGACAAGAUAUAACUAAUAUUAAGAUAAAAAUGUCAUGCAACUUAUAAAUAUAUCUGCGUGACUCCAGCGAGAUAUAAUAUUUCUGAUAAUUAAAACAAGACAAGGGCUCAUUUAUUAGGAGUUUAAAAAGAUAAUGAUCUGACACAUGAUUUUGAGAAAAUUCAAAAACAAAUCUCAAAAGUUAGUCAAGCCCAUCUAAAUAAAUAUGGUUUUAAAAAUCUGGUUUUAAAAGAGUUGUAUAAUAAUGUAAAAACUCUUAAUCCCUUACAUUGGUGGCAUUAUAUAAUUAUUGCUGCCGUUGCAUUCGUGGUAAUCUUUGUAGUAUUCAUGGUGUUUCCUUGCCUUUUUAGAGUCAUUCUCUCAGCCAUUAAAACCACUCAGAGAGAUAUCGAGAAAUUUCGUCUUAAAAACAAAAAACCGGAAACUGCCACGUCCGUCUCGCCAGCUGCGCAGGCUGCAACAGCCCUGUGACAAGCUUGGUAAAACCUAUAGGAGCAUAAAGUUCUCCAAGGGGAUGGAUAAGGCUCUAAAGCCUGGACAUUUGUUUAGGCAAAGACUCGGGCCUCCUGGAAUGAGAAAAUGGCUGGGGUAACUCGGAUGGCUUGGUUUCACUUUUAAAUUUCUGCUUUGUCUCAUAGCGAUUACACACACUUCUUGGAAAGAAAUGGGGGCAUCUUUGACAGCCCUACUUUCCCAAAAAUUAUGUCUCAAUAAAAAAAAUUCAAUUCAUUGAGACUGGGCUUAAAUCAACUCUUAAAAAUGCUAUAUGUAACAAUUCUGAUAAUAUUUUCAAGUAAUCAGUUACAAAAUAAUUCUAGUUUACCACUAAAUUUAGCUUUACUUUAUCUUCCCAGGAUAGAAACGUAUUCUGUUCCAAAUAGCUGAUGCAGUUAGUAAACCUUAUGAUAGUACAUGGCGUAAAAAAAACGGGAUAAAAAGCAGAGACAAAUGUCUGUAAAAGUUAUAAAGCCUAAAGAAAACAUUUUAAAAACGUUUAAAAUCAAAGACAAAAUUAACAUAAAAAUGUCUAUACUGAGCCUAACGAUCUAAAACUUGUCCUGCUAUGGUCUUGAUCAGGGGUUAAGCAAGGUUAAUUGAUCACGCUUGUUAUGAUAAUAUCAGCCUUUUUUAGUUAAACCUUUGACCUUUUUAUGGUCUUUUUUUAAAAGUUAUGUUUGAUGACUAUCUGUACUACGUGGCCACCUAUCUUGGCACUCUUACAAAUUCCUCUUAAUGGUUUUUUCUGACUGUAUAAAUUGACUACUAAAACAGUAAAGUUUUACAACAGCAUAAGAA